UAGUUCAACGGCUGUCUCCGCACAUCCUUCGGAUCUUAUCUUGGACGUCGAGUCGGGGAAGCUGGGGGAACCGAUGCCGGGGAGAUCGUCACGACAGGACGAUCCUCGUCUGCGAACGCAUAGAUAAGAGCCCUCCAUGAGGUUUAUUCUUCACCAUGUGAUCCUCAACAGUCAGAGACAGAUGCGUCGCUCACACGCAUCGUUUGAAUCAACUCGCCUACCUCAUCACACCUCACCUCGCUCAACAUGCCGUCGAAAGACUCGAAACCAUUUCCUCCCGCCCGAGGCAUGACCUCGUUCUGGCGAAGCAACCCGGGCUCCCUGGACAAUCAUCGCUCUACUGAAUCAUUGCCAUCUGAGUGCGACAUCCUCAUCAUCGGCGCUGGCUACUCGGGCGCCUCUCUGCUGACACAUUUGCUCGCGAACGAGAAAUACAAAGACAAAUCGAUAGUCGUCCUGGAAGCCCGCCAGCUAUGCUCCGGAGCGUCAGGACGCAAUGGCGGACACAUCAAGCCCGACGUCUACAACCUGUGCUCAGCUCUCUCAUCGAAGCACGGCGUGCAGGCGGCUGUCGAGAUUGCCGAAUUCGAAAAGGCCAACCUGCUCGCUGUCCGAGAGUACAUUGCAGAGACAGGCGCAGACUGCGACUUCACUCUCACGCAAGCGGUGGAUGUGCAGUUAUCUGGGGCUCAGGACAGCUCGCUCAAAUCUAGAUACGACCAGUUCGUCAGGGAAGGUGGUUCCGUGGCCAAGGAUGCAUUCUACAUGCACGGCGAGGACGCAGAGAUGGUCUCUGGCGUCAAGGGUGCCCAGGGUGUGUUCGAGUAUACUGCCGCUCACGUCUGGCCGUACAAGCUCAUCCACCACAUGUUCGAGGCGAGUCUUGUCCACGACAAUGUCAAUGUUCAGACUCAUACUCCCGUCACGUCGAUUCCAAACCAGCCAGACGCGGACGGGCGCUGGGUGAUCUCCACCACGAGAGGCACCAACACCGCGAAGCAGGUCGUCAUGGCCACCAAUGCUUACACGGCGGCACUGCUUCCGGAGUAUGAUGAUAAGAUCAUUCCAUAUCGUGGUGUAUGCAGCCGAAUUGUCACCCCUGGGCCUGACAGGCCGCCGCUUCUGGCCAAUACAUAUGCCCUUCGAUUCAAUGACUGGGACUAUGACUACCUGAUUCCUCGCAACGACGGCAGCAUCGUCGUUGGAGGCGCGAGGAGGACAUACCUCCGGCACUUGGAAGACUGGUACGGCAACGUUGACGAUACUCAGAUGGUGAAGAGGGCAGAGGGAUACUUUGAUGGCUAUAUGCAGCGGCAUUUCCGCGGCUGGGAGGACAGUGGUGCAUACACAGACAGCGUCUGGACGGGCAUCAUGGGAUAUUCUGCUGAUCAUCUGCCCCGUAUUGGCUGUGUACCGGGCAGAAAGAACAUGUUCAUCAUGGGGGGCUUCACUGGCCAUGGCAUGCCCCAAAUCUUCCUGGCCGCCAAGGGACUCAGCAAGGUGACCCUCAACGGGACACCUUUUUCCGAAACCGGUGUGCCUCGCCUCUUUGAAGAGACUGCCGCUCGUUUGGAGAGUCCGGAGAACUUCGUCCUUGAUGUGUACGCGAGUUUGGGCACUCCAUCCAAGCUAUAGCAGGCUGCUGAGUCAAAGUUAAUACGCUCUAGAGGCUUUUACAUCA